GCUGCCAGCGAAACCCGAGUGAACGUCACAUUCCUGCAUUCCCUCCUCUUCAGUCCGGGACGUCGCAGGAGUCUCACACUAACUAAUCCUCUCUCCCACCUCCGUUCUCACCCAACACACCCAUGACACGGCGGGCUUGAUCCCAGGAGGUGAACCCGGGUUCCCCAGGAGUCUCCAGCCCACGUCGGUUUAAAGGCUGAUUUUUGCUCCUGAGUGAAAGUUGAAGAAAUCAGAAAGAAAACUGUGGUUUUAAAUUCUUCUUCAUGGGAAGACAAAAGCUUGUUCAGAGGUCACUUUCCUCCUUUCCUCAACCCCCCUUCCCCCUCCCCCCUCCUCCACCAAUCGCAGCGCCGGUUGCCAUGGAGAACUCCUCUGUGGCGUCUGCGUCGUCUGAAGCCGGUAGCACACGCUCACAGGAGAUCGAGGAGCUGGAGCGCUUCAUCGACAGCUAUGUGCUUGAGUAUCAAGUACAGGGGCUGCUGGGAGACAAGGCAGAUGGAGACUUGGACUUGGACAAUGGUGGCAAGGUGCCACAGUGGACCGACGACUGCAAUGACAAGAAAGAUGGCAGCUGGACUUCUUCUCGGGGAAGAGGCUCAUCCAAGCCUGACGAGUGGGAACACAGCAGUAAUGGCAGCACAGGUUCCAGACCCAGUUCAGGCUCCAGACCAGGUUCUGGCUCACGCUCUGGCAGCAGAGGCAGAAACAAUCUGUUCACAGGCCCCUCCAAGAAUGGGAACAGAGAAUGCUCCUUGGACAUCCUGGGCACAGACAUAUGGGCGGCCAACACAAUGGACUCACACGGAGGUGCAGGUUGGGACGUGCAGCCGGAGAAACUGGACUUCAGCCAUUUCCACAGGAAACACAUCAGAGGAACGCCAAAGCACCUGCCGCACAUUGACAGAGAGGGGAUGAACAAAAACAAGUUCGAGGAGGACGAUGGCAUCGACAUGAACGACAUUGAGCGGUUCCUACCUCAUCUGCGCUCUGUCUUCCCACCCCUUCCUAAUGAGGCUGAGAUCGCACAAACCAAAAAGCUCUUCCGACGCAAGAGGAAUGACCGACGAGCGGUUGAUCAGUUCACCCGAGACCAGUUAACCAUACUUCUGCCCACUGGCCCCGGGGGGGAGCGGCGAGUCUCAGCCAGGAGGCAGCAGCGGCCUCAGGGAGGAGGUGGCGGUGGAGGAGGAGGGAAGAGCCAGCCUCAGCAGAUACAGCAACAGUCACCGCAGCACCAGAGGGAUCACACCCAACAACAGGCUCCACACCAACAGCAGCAGAAUAUAACAGAACUGGGAGAUAACAGAAACAAUAGUGCCGACUGGCCGCCCCGCCAGUACCAGGGAGGACAUGGGCAGCGCCAAGGAGGACCCUCGCACUAUGGCUACAGCCAGAACCGGCGUUGGCACCACAAUCAGAAAGGUCAGGGGCAUGGACAGACAAACACCACGGGCGACAGAGUCAUAACCCCGAGAACAACCAAAGACAAAGAGACUGAGAAUGUAAAAGCGGGUGACGAGCAGAUCAGACCGCCUCAAGACUGCAGCCGUAAGAGUCCCAAUGAAUCACCCAAAUCCGAGUCAACACCCUUUACAAAUACUUUCCCAGAUCGGCCAGUUAUUAAGGAAUUUCCCAACACAGCAGGAAGUUGGAAGGCGAGCGAGGGCCAGUCGGAGCAGCCCAAAGUCAGCUUGCUGCAGUCGUCAAAGGAGAGGCUGCGGAGGAGACUAAAGGACAAGGAAGAGGCUCGUGUGGAGGCGUCGGGCUCUGGGUCCCAGAACAUGGACCGGCUGGUGGACCUGCUCAACAGCAUGAGGAGCAACAGCAGCGGCGUGGAGCAGCAGCUGGCCUCCUUCAUGGAGGAGGCGCAGUGCUCGGCCCGGUCCGAGGAAUCCCUGACGCAGGUGGUCCGCACAAUCUACUGCAAGGCUGUGUCGGACAGGAGCUUCGCCGCCACUGCCGCCAAGCUCUGCGACAAGAUGGCACUGUUUAUGGUGGAGGGGACCAAGUUCCGAUCACUGCUGCUCAACAUGCUGCAGACGGAUUUCUCCCGUCGUGAGGAGCUCCAGCAGUUGGAUGUCGAAAGGUGGUUGGGUUUCAUCACCUUCUUGUGCGAGGUGUUUGGCACCAUGAGGAGCAGCUCCGGGGAGCCAUUCAGGGUGCUGGUGUGUCCCAUCUUCACCUGCCUACGAGAGCUCUUGGAGUCCACAGACAUUAAGGAAGAUGCAGUUCUCUGCUGCUCCAUGGAGUUGCAGAGCACCGGACGUCUACUGGAGGAGCAGCUCCCUGAGAUGAUGACCGAGCUCUUAGCGGCUGUCAGGGACAAGAUGCUCAGUCCGGCUGAGUCUCAGCUGACCCGCUCCCUCCUCAUGGAGGUCAUCGAGCUGCACGCGCACCGCUGGAGCCCCCUGGAGGCCCUCACCACCCAAUACUACAACCGUACCAUCCAAAAGCUCACCACCACUGCCUAGGUGCCAGCUGCCGCGGGAGGAGAGGAGACAUUUUCCACUUGUGCAACAAUCGGCUCUUCUUGUUUUACCACAAAACAGGAAGUCAACAACAUGCCACAAUCUUGCCGACAUAAUGCUUGACAUGGUUAUUGAACGCAACUGUACAAUUCGAUCAUUUCACCGAGAAUGGUGAACACUGCCACAAACAUACCAGCCACCAGACAGGUAGAGCUCAGCCAUCCAGGCAACACGGCAUGUGGUGUUCAAACAAUGAAAAGCCUGUCGUCUGACGCAGAUUUGAGAAAACGCUAGUGAGUAGGUGGCCAGUAGGGGCAUGCUUGGCCACACGGCGUGGGGAGCUUGUCUGGUUGUGGCUGCUUAGGGUUAAAGGAGAGAACAGACAAGAGAGGGGUCACACGGGGGAGAUGAGGAGAGGGCAGCAGCCUGUCUGUAGGGAAUAGAGAGAUCUGUACCCAAAGAUGAAUGGAGGGAGGGAGGGAGGUGGUCUGCGUAGUCUGUGUCAGCCUCCUCAUUGUGUUCAUUUGCCCCGCCACCCUCUCCUUCCCUCUGUGUGUCUCUCCAUCCCCCACCUCUGUCUCUCCGUCGGCCCCUGGGGUCUCUGUGGCUGAUAAAAGAGAGCAGGAGGCAGGGAGUAGACAUGGUGCUGUCUGUCUGGGCCGUCUGCCCCGCCGGGCCAGGGAACCAGGUCAAAGGGUCUCGGUGUGGAGCUCCCCCCAGCUCCCCCAGCUCCUCCCCGCCUUUGUCUCCCCGACUCCCCCCUUCCACUGCACCCCCCGUGCAGGAAGCCUUUUUGUGGGGAUGAGACAGCGGGCCUGCUGGGCUGGGCUGGGCUGAGGAUGAGGAUCAGGCUGGGCAGAGUAGGGUGGCAGAUGGCUGCAUGAGCCCUUGUGAGACGACACACUCCUAACACGCCCCCACCUCCCUCUGGCUCCCCCAGCUCCUGCUUCCCGAGCUCGGCCCAGUGUAACCAGCAGAGGCAGCCGAAGUGGGGGGUGCGGGGUCCAGCAUUAGAAAAGAAUUAAAGCAGACACGGCUGUCUGAUAAUUCUUUUGUUUUCGUCCUACAGGGGAAUGUCUCUUCUCCUCCAUUGAGCCGUGCAUGUCCAUGCUUUGUUAUCCACAUCAUUGAUAUUAUUAUAUUAUUUUUUUAAGUCAUUUAUUGUUUUUAUUGUUGUCUUUUCAUUUUGAAGUCUUGUUUUUACGAUAUAUUGUACGUAUGAGAUUUAGCGGUAGGCCUUAUUGCACAGGUUUGAUUUGUUUUGCACUGUUUGGAGGCGAUUUGCUUUUAAGGAAAAUUCUAAAUAAGUAAAAGUUGGAAUUUGAGUCAGUGCUUGUGGUAUUAUAUGAAAAAAAUGGGUUGAGCGAUUUUAGGAUGUUUAAUGGACUAGUGGCCUUGUCAAUUAUCCAUUUUUAUAGGAGCCCUCUUGUUCCAGGGCCUGUGGCAGCACGGGAGAACGCUGACGACUAAACAGUUGGGCCUAAUUCACAUUGUUAUGUUGCUCAAGAAAAAGAAUAAUAUUUGAAGAUGAAGAAAAGAUGAUGUUACAUUUAUAAAAAAAAAGAGCAUGGCACACAGAGAAACAGAAGUGAAAUGUUUCUUUAAACAAGCCAUUCUUUGCAGUGAACAUUUUGCAAGUGUUUAAAAUGGAUUAUUUUGAUGAUCUUUUUGAGGAAAAAGCGACAACUAUUAACCUGUGUAUUUGAAGAUGACGAAAAAGCAGAACAUCUUGUGUGACCACAUUAGCUUCUCAUUCGUGACUCUUUUCCCAGCUAACGUGUGUAUUAUGAUAUUGACAUGACAAGCCAAUCACGUACCAUUUGUAAAUGGGUUCGGUAUAUAAUCUGCAUACAGUAUAUUUACAAGUAUUUAAUUGACAUUGACUUAGAGGGGAAUCGUGCAACAGAGAUGUUGCACAUAGGAUGAAGUGGCUGGUAGAAGUCAGCCUUCCAAUGCAUUUCUACUUGGAACUAUGGCUACAUCCAUAUUACUAAGUUUUUGUUUGAAAACGCAUCAACUCUGCUACCGUUACGUCUAGCGUCCACACAACUCCAGAGGUUUAGAGGCACUAAAAUGAAAAAGGUUGUAGUCUGUACAGGCAGAAACUGAGAUGUUUGGAAACUAUGACGUAGACGGUCACAACAUAGCUUUUGCUGAUUCGUCAGGCUCCUGUCACAUGACUCCCUCCAGUAGAAAACAAGCGGCAUCAGCACACGCCUCGGCUACCAGUGUAGAACGCAACAUGGAUAAUCAAUUACAAGUCCUGCUGACUGUUUUCUUUGCUUAUACCUGUUGUAGUCUGCAUUUUAAAAUUAUACAACUGUUUACAUCUGUAGGAGACAAGCUUUUAUUCAAGAAAUUCCUGUUUACACCAGCACAUGCAUGUCCAUUGUAUGUGAGCGGUCAUAUGUGUUUUCAAGCAUGGACAGGGAUUAAAACUAAUACGGAGCCAAAACAGAUGGAGGUCAUUCAAUUUUGAAAAUGCCGUUUUCAAAAGUAAACGUUAUUGUAUGGAUGUAGCCUUAAUCAUUGCUUGGGAGUCGCACACAAACAUUACAUACAUGCUCAUGCUUAGUUUUCCAUUGAAUCUCUGUGGGCAGUUGUAGUUGUUUUUUAUAUUAUUUUCUCUGUCUUGCAUCAAGAAUAAAAAUCCUGUGUGGUAGGAACACAGCCCAGAAGAUUAGUCAGGGUGAUGACGGGUGAUUUAAGCUCACACGUGUUUUUCUGAGGUUCGGGCUAAUUAUCUGUAAAUGUGUGCGUCCACUUAAGAAGUGAUUUGUUUUAAUUGUCCUUUUGUUUUCUUUAUUUUAUUUUUAGGUUUCUAUUUAAAUUAUAUUUAGCUCAUUUAUAUAAAUAUAUAUAAUUUUUGGUGGGUUUUCUGAAACAUCUGAAACUCUUGUGAUACCUAGCUUGCUGGCAAGUGUGUAAGUGUGGUAUUACCUUGUUUUAGUUUGUGAAAAGGAGGAGAAAAAAAUUAACAACCCAUCGGCCAGUUGCCAUUAUGCAAAUAGUGGCUCGCUGCCACAGCAGAUGGAUGCAGGUGGGGAUUUACCCCCCCCCCCUCCUCAUCUGUGGCGCUGGAACCUUCCCCCACCCCGCGUGCCCUUAGACCCCUCUGCUCGGGUCACAUGACUCUCGACGAUUGAAUGAGAUGCACCUUUAUUUGCAUAUUCUCAUGAAUAUUGAAAAACAAAAUAAGGAAAACCAAGGCUCCAGUCGUUGCACAAACAAGUAGAUGGGCAAUCUAUUGGGUCAUCUUGUUUGUUUUGUUUUUCUAAGCAACUGAAAAAUAAACUAACAGGAGAUUAGAUGUGACGGAACAAGCUGGUGUUUGUUUUCUGUUUUUUCUGUCUGUUAACUUAUCAGCACAGCGAGUCAAUGUGCUACGAUGAAGAUAUUCUGACAUCACAAAAGAAAACACACGCACUGUUUCCUCUGCCGUUAGUAGAUAGAUGUGUAACUAAUCCUGGCACCACAGUAGGUCAUUAUACUACCAUUUCAUACAUUUCCACAGUGGAAUGCCUCAUUUACAUGUCUUCGCCUUUACAUCGUCACACAUUAAACAGACCACACUUCACAACUUUAACAGCAGUGUGUGUGUGUGCGUGCGUGUUGCAGUGUGUCCUUGGCCACUGAUUUGCCUUUGGUUAGCCCUGACACAUGCCUGAGGCUCCCCGACUGCGGGCAUCCCAACGGGGGCCCUCAGUGCCGGGGUUGCCUCCCCACUGUGGAACCCCAUCCCUAUAAAACUAUAGGAUGUCCUUCAGUACUCGUCCACAUCAAUCAACAUAAUCCCAUGUGUCUGAAUAUUCGAAUGCAUUUGACAAGAGUGAAACACUUUAAAUUUGCUACCGACACCAUAAGGAGCUUUGUUUUUUUCCCUCUCUGUUGUGUCCUUGACAGAGAUGGAUUUAUGACAAUGGUUUGGUUUCAUUUGGAAUCACAACACGUGUAAGCUCCUCGUUUUAACACAAUACAAACAGGCACAAUGGGGAAGUUAUUACACAGCAAUAGAGCGACUCAGACAGUGGAAGGAAAGAAAAUGUAUUCAGCUGCUGUAGUGGAGGAAGAAGAAAAGAGGAGAGAUAGGAAGAAUUGGUGCUGACCAAGUGAAAGAAAUGUAGGAGGAGAUGAAGUGAGGAAAUAUAUAUUAUUCACACACACAUAGACACAUAUAGAAAUGACUGUUGGGACAGUAUGGGGGAGCCUAUUGAGGAAUAAAUGCGAAUGGUGGAAGAAAGGCAGAGGCAGUCCUGGCUGUCAAUUAGCAUCAUGGUUAAUUUAGCCCGUGCAGUGAAAACAGACAUGUUAGCCCUCAGGGGGAUUAUAUCUAUAGAUAUAGAUAUAUAGAAACACACAUAGUAGAUGUGUCUCAAGAUGGUGUUUGUCUGCAAACACAUUGACAGGAGGAAAAAGUAAAGACUAGAAUAAGAUACUCAUUGGAAACUGAGUUAAAGAAAGAACUAAAUGGUUAUAUAGUUUAAUAAAGGGGGUUUCUGUUGUUUACAUUGUUUUACAUUGUUUACCGAUACAGCAACUAUUUUGCAUAUCACUAUUAUAUAUAUAUAUAAUAAUGAUACUGAUACCACACUAAAAGUCUCUCUCUCAUCAAAAUAGUUGCGUUAUACACAAUGAUGUGUAUAAUGAAUCAUCUGCUGCUAUCUCAAUAUCUUUUGAAACGAUUUCUAAUCACAGAAACACUGGAUUUUCCUGACUUCAGGACAGCUGAAAAAACUACACUACCCAUGAGUCUCAGCUGUUGUAGCUAUGAAGAAGUAGAAGACGAAUUCAAAACACUUUAUCAUUGAAUUUGUCAACAAAACAUAUAGAACAGCUUCUGAAAAUGUUAAUUGAACCAGAUUAUAAAGGUUAAUGGAUUUAAGCUGCGGAUUGUAAAAUCUGACUGUUAUUAAGGGUGCAUAUAUUCUUUUUGCAUGGUAAGUUUAUCUGUUUUGCCAAAAUGCAUCUUGGGAUUGUAAACUAAAUAUUUUUGGGGCCUUAAGUCUUGUUUACAAAAGAAAAAAACAUUGUUUUUGGCUCUUUGGGGUUGUGGGUUGACAAAUUUUGUGUCAUAGACUGAAAGUAUGUAGAUAAUUGAUAGUAAAAAUAAUUAGCAGAUUGAUGGUUAGUAAAUAAUAAUCAGUUUUGUUGUUGUCCUACUUGGGAGUUAACAUCUACCCAGAAUGUUCUAUGUUCACAGGUUUGUACCUUUGCCUUUUUAUCAAAGAACCAGAUAUUAUCUAAAGCAACUCCUCCUGUAUUUGUAACAGAAUAAACCAUGGAUAACUUGAUCGAAAA